CCGGGAGAGAGGGAAAGCAAGAGGAGCAAGGGACAGAACUAGCUGCAGAGUCAACAUGAAGCUUGUCUGCUUGCUCUUCCUGGGGAGCAUGUGCACCAUUAACGCGGCUCUUCGUCUGCAAUCGGCCACAGAGCCGCCAGUGCUUCUACACAAUCCACGACCGACAGAAGCAAAAUCGCGCUUUGCAAUGCUGGAUGAUGUCCGACUGCUGGCUAACGGUCUCCUCCAACUGGGGCAGACCCUGCGAGACUUUGUACACAAGACCAAGGUGCAAAUCAAUGAUAUCUUCCAGAAGCUGAACAUCUUCGACCGCUCUUUCUACCAGCUCUCCGUCGUGACCAGCGAAAUCAAAGAGGAGGAAGAGGAACUCAAAAAAACUACUUCGUUCCUCAAGGCCAACAACGAGGAAAUCCGGAACAUAUCGCUGGAGAUCAACUCUAAGGUCAACAGCAUUCUGCAGGAGCGCGUCCAGCUUCAGAGCCAAGUCGGGAAUCUGGAGCAAAAGCUGCAAGGCCUGAGCCAAAGCAUAGUGCCCAUCGAACAGCUUCAGGAGAUCGCCGCUCUGAAGGGUGUGAUGGACACUCAAGAGAAGACCAUCAAAGAUCUACUCAAGUCUGUAAGAGAACAGCAUCAACAGCUCAACUCGCAGAAAAACCAAAUCAAAAGCCUGGAGGAGAAGCUCAGUUACGACGCUCUUCAAGACACCGUUGAAAAAAAUGGAGAUUUGAACCUAGAAGCUCCAAACCUUCUCACAUAUCUGACAAGUAACUCAACCAACUCAAGCACUGAAACAAAUGAUCUUCCCACAGACUGCAGUGACGUGUUCAAUCAAGGCCAGAGGAAAAGCGGAGUUUACCCAAUCAAACCCAGUCAAUCCGAGCCAUUCAACGUGUACUGUGACAUCAGCUCAGAAAGAGCAGCCACGGUUAUUCAAAGGCGAGUGGAUGGUACUGUGGACUUUGAUCAGACCUGGGACAAAUAUGAGCUUGGAUUUGGAAAUCUGGAAAAUGAAUUUUGGCUUGGCUUGGCAAAGAUCCACUCCAUUGCCAGCCAGGGGGACUACAUUCUCAACAUUGAGCUGGAGGACUGGAAGAACGAGAGAAGAUUCAUUGAGUACAUGUUCACUCUGGAUGGUCCUGCAUCUCAUUACACUAUCCAUCUGACUCCUCUGUCUGGGAACCUGCCUGAUACCAUGAGCAACCACACUGGCAUGAUGUUUUCCACCAAAGAUAAGGACAACGACAAUCUUGAGGAGUCCAGCUGCGCUCGCAUCUACUCAGGAGGUUGGUGGUUUAAUGCGUGUGGUGGCACCAAUCUAAACGGGCGCUACAGCUGGAUGCGGUCAAGGAACCGUGCUCCACGUAGGAAAGGGAUCUACUGGAGACCGAACAAAGGGAGCUCUUACACCGUCAAAUUCACAAAGAUCUCCAUUAGGCCUUUGUCUCAGUUCCAGUGAACCUGACUGAUCAGGCAACUUGUAACCAAUCAAAAUGCUCACACAGGCAGCAACGACUCCUGCCCACACGAGCGUCCCUUUUCUCCGACACUCAGUCAAAAUGAGCCUACUUGUCCUCGAAGCAUGAUGCAGCAGGAACAGUUAAUCAACCUGAGCUCGAGCUUCAAAUGUCAAAAGUCCAGAUGUUGCAUGUGUCGUCUUGCUACAGCCUUUUACUUUUUGAUUUACUUAGAAAAUUGUUUGGUGAGAAUGCAAACAGAGCUGAAUGCACUUCUGGAGUAUUAACAGUGGCAUAUUUGACACUGAUUAUGCUCCAGUUUGGAAACUAUAAGCUCUUUUUGCUACUAUAUACAAAACACCGACAGAAAUCUAACUAGUUUCACAAUGCAUCCAUGUUAAGUAGUUUUCACGUUCUUGUUUUUAUACUACAUUUUAACUUAAUACCAUAUUUAAGCCGUGCUUAUGUUUUGUGCUAGUCAAGAAACAUGAUGCUUUUAUGUUACUGAGUCAUAUUGACUCCUGGUUACACAAAGUUACACAAGUUCAGUGUCAAUAUUUGUUUACAGAUUUCUCCUGGUGCACAAUUUUAUAACCAAAUAAAAAAAAAUCCAUUCAAUA